GAAAGUGAAAUAGGGAGAAACCGGCCGCUGAGUGCACGGGAAGGCGAGUGGACCUGGCUGCUCCAAGGUACGCCAGCCUCCUCCCCAGCCCUGAAGGGCCCCUUCCCCCCGUCGUCCCCAGCCCUAGAGCCUGCGGCCCCAGUUCUCCGGUCACCCCCGCCGGCAGCAGCUCUUCCCUACGGCGGGGACUCGGGGAGGCUGGGCUGCAAACAGACUCCAGUCCAGGGCUGGGAGGGGAGGGAGCGACGGCCGCCCUGCUGCUGACACCUGAGCUGGGAGAACCAGGUUGAGCCGGAGCGCCCGUGUCCGUGUUGGCUGAGUCGGCAGGCCUGGAGACCCCGGCGGCAGGAAGCCCCCUUCUGGAGACGGCAGGGGCAGGGCUGUUUUGGCUGUCAAGAGAAGUCUGGGUCUGUGCAGCUGAUAGAAGAGCCCAGGGAGCGCACCACCACUACUGUGUGCACGCCACAGCAGGAUCCCCACAGUGCUGCUUAAUAGGACGCUGAUGGCUUCAGCAAUGCCCUUGGCCAUGAUGUGGGAGGAGGCCAUGUGCCCUAUCUGCCUGGACCCCGUGGUGGAGCCUGUGAGCAUCGACUGCGGGCACAGCUUCUGUCAAGAAUGCAUCUCUCAGGUCGGGGCGGAUGGCGGCAGCAUCUGUCCUGUGUGCCGGCACACCUUCCUGCUCAGGAACCUCCGGCCCAAUCGGCAGCUAGCCAACAUGGUGGACAACCUCAAACAAAUCAGCCAGGGCACCAAGGAGGGCACCCAGGGUGAGCGGUGUGGGGUGCAUGGAGAGAAACUUCACCUAUUCUGUGAGAAAGAUGGGAAGGUCCUUUGCUGGGUGUGUUCCCAGUCCCGGAAACACCGGGACCACCCCAUGGUCCCUAUCGAGGAGGCUGCUCUGGAGUACCAGGAGAAGCUCCAGAUGGCGUUAGGGAAACUGAGAAAAGAGCAGGCGUUGGCUGAGAAGUGGGGAGUGGAUAUCGCAAUGAAGAGAACAGCCUGGAAGGGGAAGAUUGAAACACACAAACUGAGGAUUCAUGCAGAAUUUAUGCAGCAGAAGAACUUCCUGGCUGAAGAGGAAAAGAGGCAACUACAGAAGCUGGAGAAGGAGGAGAGGGAACAGCUGAGAAUCUUGGGGGAAACUGAGGCCAGGCUGUCCCAGAAGAUCCAGGCCCUGCAGGAGCUGAUUGCAGAGCUGGAGAGAAGGAAUCGGGGCUCAGCGCUGGAGCUGCUGCAGGAGGUGAAAAGUGUCCUGGGAAGGAGUGAAUCCUGGAAUCUGAAGGAGCUGGACAUUGUCUCCCCAAACCUGAGGAGUGUGUGCCACGUGCCGGGGCUGAAGAAGAGGCUGAGGGCGUGUGGAGUAUACAUCACUCUGGAUCCACACACAGCCAACCCGUGGCUCAUCCUUUCAGAGGAUCGGAGACAAGUGCGUCUUGGAAACACGCAGCAGGAAGUGCCUGAAAAGGAGGAGAGAUUUGAUACUUAUCCCAUGGUCCUGGGUGCCCAGUGCUUUUGCUCUGGAAAGCUUUACUGGGAGGUGGAUGUGACAGGAAAGGAGGCCUGGGACCUGGGGGUUUGUAGAGACUCUGUGCAGAGGAAGGGGCAUUUUGUGCUCAGCCCUGAGAAUGGCUUCUGGACAAUUUGGCUGUGGAACAAACAAAAAUAUGAGGCUGGCACCUAUCCCCAGACUCCCCUUUCCCUUCAGGUGCCUCCAUGCCAAAUUGGGAUAUUCCUGGACUAUCAGGCCAGCACUGUCUCCUUCUACAACAUCACUGACCAUGGCUCCCUCAUCUACACUUUCUCUGAAUGUGCCUUUGCUGGACCUCUGCGGCCCUUCUUCAAUGCUGGUUUCAAUAAUAAUGAAAGGAAUGGAUCCCCUCUGACCCUCUGUCCACUGAGGAAUGAAUGGUCUGGAUCCACUGACUGUUGACAACUCUCCCUGGAUACCAACACCCCCUCUGUUGGUAGCCACUGACCCUGCCUCAUGUUGUUCCCAUGAGCUCUGAACCACUUCGUCUCUGCAGAGGUGUCAGGAUGCCAGCAAGCAGACUUUGGCAGGGAGGUCUCUGGAAGUCUGUCUUAUGACCUUCAACAUCAAUAUUCCUGCCCUAGAAUGCUUUAUAACUCCCUCCAUAAAACUACUUAUAUAUGGCCUAAACUCAUCUAAAUCAAACAAAACAUGUUUCUGCCUUCCUUAUGUGUCUCAAGUUUUGUGUCUUCCUCUCCAUCUCCAGGCUUCUGCUAAGAUGUCUAUUAUAUACAUUGCAUAGUUUACAAACGGAUUUAUAAACUGGGCCUCGUCUAUUCCACUUAAUCCCUGUACACAUGUAUGAUUAUCUCUCUGACAUAUACACAUCUGAUUAUAAGUGGCUCCACACUGCCUACUGAUAAACAGCUAUACUUUUUAAAGGCUGGAUUAUGCAUGCCUCAGACUUCCAUGUUAAAUAUCCAGCCUGUUGUACUCCCCCAUUCCUGCUGUGUUCUCCCAACUACAUCUUGUUGAUAAUGGAGUUGGUUAAAGGGCAUAUCAACUUAAAUAGAAAGUGUAAUAGUUUUUUAAUGUGUCAAUUUAGGCCAUAAGGCCCCUGUUUUUCAAUCAAACACUAACCUAGAUGUGUUAGUGUGAAGGUAUUUUGUAGAUGUCAUUAAAGCCCAAGGUCAUUUGUAUUUAAGGAACAUUAAAUUAGACCCAGCCACCUUAUCCAGGACAAUCAGGAAAGGCCUUCAGAGUAGAACUGAAGCUUCCCAGAAAAAGGACAGGCAUGAACUGAAGCUGCUCUUCACAGGUAAACAGUUCCAGCCGGGCCUAUGGAUUUAAGACUUGCCUUGUCAGCCCCCACAAUUAUGUGAAUGAACUCCUUCAAUAAAUCUCUUAAUACUUAUC